AUGAGUAAGCGGUUAAAGUACGCCAAGUUGAGGCUUGCCAAACCGGCUGCAGACAAUCCUCCAUCACAUGGCGCUGGCGUUGAGGAAGUGAAGACUACGGGCCUUUUGGAUGUUGGUGCCUGCAGCCGGUUGAUAGGUAAACCUUCAAAAUAUUUUAGUAACGACUUGGAAGAGCCUACUGCUUCCCAGCAAACGUUCAUCGAAUAUGCCUCCGAACCGUUGAUGGAUAAUAAUGGAGAAUCAAGCGAACCGAAUACGCGAAGGAGAACCCAAGAGGUGCCAGAGUGCAAUCCGCUUGAUGGUCCAAAAUUACCCAAGCUGCGGAAAAAAGCAUUGGGAGAUGACGAUUUUGAAGAAGCCAAAUCCAGCACGAGUUCUCAAACAAAGCCCACCAAAGUACAACGUGCCGCCAAAAAACUGAAAGCGCCCAAGCGACCCAAAAAUCAAGGCGACAUUCGGAAAGUGUUUAGGAAAUACAAAAACGAUCACGAAGUAUUGCACAAACUGCUAAAAGAACACAGCGUGUCGGAGCAGAUCGAUCCGGAGCAACUGCAAAUGGCUUUAGCUAUGUCACGAUCGCUGGUCGAUUAUGAAUGUGGGCUUAAUCCAGUGGCUGGAGAAGAAAUGCAAGAACAACAACUCGCAAGCAGUUCCAGUUCUAUACAAGAGCGCAGAAUUGUGGAGAAGAUUUCAGCACCUUCGCAAGUUACGACGGAAUCGACUUCGUUAAACGAUAAUGGGUCAGUACAUCAAGUACCCAUAGACUUGGUGUUGUCUGAAGGAUUAUGUAACAAAGCCGUGCAAAAUGAGCAAUGCAUGUCAGUGGCUGAACAGGGAGAUGCAAGUGCAACAGCGAAAAACAGCAAUUGUCACAUUGCAACUGUACCUAGUAAAGAUUUAUCAUUUAAUCGAAUUGCAAUAAAAGCACGGUUAACAGAAGCCUUGCGAGGAGAUAGCAAUAUGGUGGAAACAGUCAGCUUGGUUGGAGAUACGGAAAGUGUAAAAGAACUUGAUACAUCGGCAUCGAAUUCUAAUGAAGUAAUUAGUAGCUCCCCAUCAAAGGUGAAUUGCACCCAACCAAGUGACACACAAGAUGAUGUGCUUGUCAUCUCAGACGAUGAGAUCAACUAUUCUAUCCGGGAUGUGCUACCCCGAGAUGCCCCAAGGGAUAUAGCAUGCGCCAAAAACGGUACAGAAAAUUCGUUGAAUAACGAUCUGAAUAUAACCGUUCCGUAUUAUGAUGGUCAUACCACCUCCCAAAAUGAAUCUGUCGUAACGAAUUCAACAUCAUCUGGGAGUCAAGCAGUUAUGCAAUCUGAUUGCGAGGUUGUCACGAUCUGUUCGAGCGAGUCUGACAUGGUGAGUGCCGUUGUUGAAGGCGCUGACAGUACGUUCGCUUAUUUGGACAACUUGGUAAAGCAGUUUAAUUUACCUCCGUUGAGAGCACAACUGAGUGCAAGCAAAUGCCACAGCCCGCCAAAGCAGCUGGAAGCUGUGUUGAAUUUGUCUAGUCAAACAAGAACGAUUCAAUAUGCAACGGAUGCAGAAAACGUGUUGACAGACGAGCAACAGUCACCAGAUUCAACAUCAAAGGCUCAUGCCAAAAAUACAAAGCAGGGGAAUGUUAUAUCAGAGAACUUAGAUAAUUAUCUAAAUUAUUAUGAAGAGCCAAAUUUUGAGGAACAUGAGAUUGAAGCAGAAUCCCAAGCAUGUGAACGCCCUGAGAAAGACAGUUGUUUGACUUCCAUCCUUGCUUCAUCAGCAAAGCCUUUUAGCAGAGCGAAAUCGUCAACUCAACUUGACUCUCCUACGAAUUGUGUAACAUUAAAACGGAUAGCUUCCGAAUCCAGUAUAGGCUGCUCUUCAACACCACAGGACAAGGAACUAGCCAGCGACAAACGGCAAAAAGGAGACGAAUUUGUAGACAAAUUUAAUGAUUUAAAGGCUGCAGUGCCAGUGAUUGCGCCACCAGAAUACGUGAUUAAUACAUCGAUUGUUAAAACAGAUGCUCCCGCAUAUACGGCCAUGUCAGCGUCCGAAAUUGAUCGUGAGCUGUAUAAAUUCGGUUUGAAGGCGUUGACCAGAAGCAAAGCUAUAAGAGUGCUUAACUAUUUGUUUGAGCAAAUGCACCCAUAUGUCGAUGUACUGGAAGAUACGGCGGAAGAUCCGAAACUAUCCGUAGAUAGUCAAAAAGCUUCGGCAAAAGGACACAAGCAUAUUUCGUCGGUAAGCACUAACAUCGGUCAUGAAAAACCUGCAAAAUGUGCCUUUAAACUAAAUGUUAAUGAGGCGGAGUACUUUCUACCCUCAAAACCACGAAAGAAGAUCCAUUGGUGUGCCGUGCCGUUGCAUAUAUCCUUCUUCAAUUUGGCUUCAGAAAGUGAAAACUUGCAGCGUCAAAUAUUGCGAUACGAACCAGUCAAUUUAGAUGACAUAUAUAAGAAUCUAAAAAAUGCUGGUUUACGAUACGAAACAAAUGAUCUAAUUGCAUUUCUCGAUAAGCAUUGCAUCACAUUCCGCACUGUGUCUGGCAGCGGAGAUCGGGUGGCUAAAACGGCAUCGAAGAAUGGCAGCAAAUAAAACGUGAUGAGUCAAUGUGUCA